AUAUGCAUUAUAGACAUAGAUCUUGUGUUUUGAAUACCCAUGGAGAAUCAUGCAAUGCAAUACCUUGUUUUCUUUGCUUUGUUGGGUUUUGGGUUAGCUUCUGCAGCCAGAACCCUUGUUGCCUAUGAUGCCAAUGUCCAAGUCCCAGUGUUAGGCCGCGUUUCUGUUGGAUAUGGUGGUGGAGAGGGUGGUGGUAGCGGGUAUGGAGUUACCACUGGAUAUGCCGGUGGUGGUGGUGGGGGAGGACGCGGAGGUGGAGGUGGCUCUGGAUAUGGAGGUGUUGGAUAUGGAAAUGGUGGAGGUGAAGGAAGUGGCGCUGGAUAUGGAGGUGGAGAAGAUCGUGGUUAUGGCAAUGGUGGUGGUGGUGGUGGAGGAAGUGGAGGUGGUAGCGGUGGUGGUUAUGGCCCCGGUGGUGGAUAUGGAAGUGGAGGGGGAGCUGGGUCAGGUGGUGGUUAUGGUAGUGGGGGAGUAGGUUAUGGAGGAGGAGGAGGUGGGGGAAGUGGAGGCGGUGGUGGUUAUGGUGCCGGAGGAGCAAAUGGCGGUGGAUAUGGAAGUGGCGGAGGACAAGGAGGCGGCUCAGGGAGCGGUGCAGGAGGGCAUGGAGGUGGCGGAGGAGGCGGUUCCGGUGGUGGGUAUGGUGGUGGAGGAGCAAAUGGAGGUGGAUACGGAAGUGGCGGAGGAGGAGGCGGCGGCUCAGGAAGUGGAGCAGGAGGGCAUGGAGGUGGAGGCGGUGGUGGCUCCGGUGGCGGCUAUGGUGGUGGAGGUGCACAAGGAGGUGGAUAUGGAGCUGGCGGAGGUAGCGGACAAGGCGGAGGACAUGGUGGUGGGUAUGCACCAUGAAAAUUACGUGUUGUUCUUAAUGAAUAUUAAGUUUACUAUUGUGAUGAUCAAAGAACGGGACAUAAAGUACCCUUAAUUGAUUCAUAAACAUUCCCAUUUCAAAUUUCAACGUAAUCCGAAUUCUAGUGUGAUUUACUACUUUUCAAUUUGUAUACGAGUCGAGAUAUCCAUGGAG